CCAAUGCCAGAAGAACUGAGCAGGACAAACGGAGUCUAUGGAGGGGAAUAAAUAGUCGAUGUCUCAGGCCCAAGACUCCUCAUCAGGACCGGAAAGAAAGGGGGAAGAAGUCUGAGUCAGAUUGAGGGGAGAGGAAGGCGGUCAACCAGGAAGGAUGAGGGAAGUCCCACGCACUCUGGGCACAAAACAAAAAGAGCCAGUGAGCCGGCAUACCACAUCUGAAAGCAAAACUUGGACGUUCUCGUAUUCUGGCGAAGCGUUGUUUGAAGGAACAUGGUUCUCUGAAGUCGGCUGGGCAGCAUGUUUGCGACUGGAAUCCUGGGACUGUCGCUGUGCCUGUGUUGUGUGACCCGCCACGGUGCAGCCGUACCUGCUCUCGGACUGAACUCCUCAGGUUACCAAGGGCUUCCUCCUCCGGUAAACCUCUCUUUAUCAUCUUACAACUUUAAGACCAUUUUAACAUGGGAUUAUGUUGACCAAACGCCUGUUACAACAAGCUUUACUGUUGAAGCCAUGAAUUACCAAACUGCCCAGUGGGCGGUAUUCUCACCUUGCUCAAAUAUCUCGUCAUGUUUCUGUGAUGUCACCGAAGCCUUCAGCGUGAACCUCAGUGCAACUAGCUGGUAUUACGCUAAAGUCAAGGCCAUUACACAGUUUCAAGAAUCACAAUUUGCUUUGACUCACAGAUUUUCUUUUAAGGACAAUGCCACACUGGGUGCUCCAACGGUUGAUGUGAUGAUUCAUGGACAAGAAGUUACUUUAAGAUGCAUUUAUCCCCAUGUUGGAAAUCUGAGCACAAAGACCAGCUUGAACAUCAACAAUGACUUUAAAUGUAAAAUUUGUUUUGGACAGGAAAGACACAAUGUUUUGGCAAAUUGCUCAAUCAAAAGAUUAAAACGAAAGUUUAAUGUAACCCAGUCAAGAGUUACUUUAUGUGUGUCUGCGCAAGUCAGUUCAGAAGAAUGGAAAAUGAAAGCCGAAUGGUCAAGAAAAAAAUGCUUCAAAGUUUAUUCCUUAAAUCUACAAGCAAUAUUAAUUGUUCCUUUAGCUGUGGUUGCCUUUGCCUUGGGGCUCGCCACUGCAGGUAUUCUCUGGAAACUUUUAAAGAAGGAAGCAGUCUUGCCAAAGUCUUUGAUACUUAUCGUAAAGGCCAUCAAGCCACAUGUAGAGAAGAUUGAAGAAGACACUGUAUCUAUUGUGAUUAAAUAUGAAGAAGUGAGUUCUGGUGAGCAUGAUCACAUCACUGAGGAAGUUACUGAACCCAGCACAAGUCCGGAGGAGCCGGAACCACACGCCGCUGAACUGAAAUACACUGGGAAGGUCUGUGAAUAUGACAGGCCUCAAAAUCUGGAGAAUGUCCUUUAAUUGUCAAGGAUGCUGCCUCCUUUCGUUGCAACUCCUUGUCCCAGGCAGAUAUUGUACGUCAUUAUUGCCAUGCUCUGCAGUUGAUUUGUAUGAAAAAGUACAAAAUAAAUUAGAGUGUGCUCUGUAAUGAAUUGUAAUCAGAUUCACAAUCAGAAUUAUGUUUAUUAUCAAUGACAUAAGUCAUGAUAUUUAUCAUUUUGUGGCAUCAGUAUAUUGCGAUACAUAAAAUGUUACUAUAAAUUACUGUAAGAAAUACUAAAACAUUAGUUAAAUCACCCUGAAUUAGUUAAAUCAUCUUAGAAAGGAAUUUCUAAUGGAAGCCCAACAACUUAAGGUUUAGAAUCUUUUCAGGAUCCAGCUGGUAUCAAGAACCAUACAACCAUUAGACACAGGAGAAGAAUUAGGCCAUGGCCCAUCGAGUCUGCUCCACCAUUCCAUCAUGACUGAUUUGUGAUCCCUCUCAACUCCAUUCUCCUGCCUUCUCUCCAUAACCUUUGAUGCCCUGACUAAUCAAGAACCUAUCAACCUCAGCUUUUAAUAUACCCAGUGACUUGGUCUCCACAGCCACCUGUGGCAAUGAAUUUCACAGAUUCACUGCCCCCUGGCUAAAGAAAUUCCUCUUCAUCUCUUCUCUAAAUGUACAUUCCUCUAUUCUGAGGUUUUGCCCUUUGGUCCUAGGCUCCUCAGCAUGCUGUAGGUACCAACCUCUCUACAUCCAUUCUAUUUGGGCAUUUUAAUGUUUGGUCAGCCCAGCAUUAAGGGAAGAAUGUAAAAUAUGUUGGCUCAAUAUGCAAGUUUUAAUAAAA